AUUGCAUCGCAAUAUUGGAUUUUUGGUGACUUCCCUCGUCUUGGGUGAUCAUAAUUAUACUAGUAUACUAGUAUUGCCUGUUGAGGCCCAUUAUCUUGUCGUAUGAUUGUUUGAGCCAGUUCUGUUUAAAGCAGAAGCUCAACAUAAUUUCUCUGGGAUCGUGGUUUGUGGAAAGAAACAUGGCACUUAGCUUUGGUCUGCUGAGGAGAAGCGGGAGGAUUGGCAGUCUGAUCCUGAGAUCACGCUUUCAUCAUUCAGAUGCCUUGUCCAAGGAGACACCGAUUGGAUUCGUGGGCCUGGGAAACAUGGGAGGUCACAUGGCGAAGAACUUGAUACGCAGUGGGUACUCUCUGAUCGUCCACGACUUAAAUGCCGAUUCAGUUGCGGAUCUGAAGAACAGUGGCGCAUCGUCAGCUAGCAGCCCUGCUGAUGUCGCACAGCAAACCAGCUGCAUUAUCACAAUGCUGCCUCAGUCAGAUCAUGUGAAGGCUGUGUAUACUGGUGAUGGUGGUAUUUUCAAAUCAGUCAAAGAUGGUACGCUACUCAUUGACUCCAGUACCAUUGAGCCUGGUGUAUCUAAGCAGAUGGCCCAGCUAGCCAAAGAGAAGGGCGCUGAUUUCUUCGAUGCACCGGUGUCAGGCGGUGUCGGUGCUGCCCGUGAUGCUAAGCUCACCUUUAUGGUUGGUGGUGGCGAGGACCACUUCCCUGUGGUGAAAGACCUGUUGGCUUUGAUGGGCAAGAGCGUGGUGCACUGCGGACCUAAUGGCACAGGACAGGCUGCUAAGAUCUGCAACAAUAUGCUGCUUGGAAUCUCCAUGAUCGGCACUGCAGAGGCAAUGAACCUCGGCGUAAGGCUUGGUCUGGAUCCAAAGCUACUUGCCAGCAUUGUCAACACGAGUUCUGGCCGUUGCUGGAGCAGUGACACCUACAACCCGUGCCCCGGUGUCAUGGAGGGUGUGCCGUCCUCUAACAACUAUGAUGGCGGCUUUGGAGCAGCGCUCAUGCGCAAGGACCUUGGCCUUGCUCAGAGUGCAGCCAGUGACCUAAACACCACCACCCCACUGGGCAAGCAUGCACUGGAGCUCUAUACUAACAUGUGCUCGUCGGACCUCGCCAAGAAAGACUUUUCCGUCGUUUACAAGUACCUCCAGGAACAGUAGGUGCCCAUUACUGGAAAAUCAUGUGCGCUUCCUGCUGGCUAUGACUAGGUCUCUGAUAUUUGGCUCAGCUUCACCGUGAAGACCUUCAAGUAGUAGUAGUCAUUCACCAAGUUGAAUGGCUGCUAACGCAUCUGUAUAGACUUGUUGGAUUUCUUCUUCUAACGUUUCUGUUCUUCUCUAGUUUUCUUACUCGGAAGCACUGUUGCAAGAUGCAGCUUAUCGUUUCUUAGGCCCACUAGGUGUAUAGGUUCCCGCCAUACCUGCAAUCACAACAGCUACUGGCACUCUGGCCAAUUCACUUUGCUCUCUUGCUGGUCGCAUGCCGCAUGUACAAGCCUAGCUGUAUACGAUCAUGUAGCCGUGUCGUAUCAAACACAUGCAAGCAGUGAAGAUGUCUGCUCGCUUGCUGUCCAGUGGCUCUCACUGCACACACACACACACACUCCGACCACCAGCGCAGGCUUUCUCUGCACACACACACACACACACACUCCGACCGCCAGCGCAGGCUUUCUCUGCCAUCUUUAGCUCGGUAGUCAUGGUUUAGAUUCUGUCCAUCGCCCCCCCCCCCCCCCCCCAUAGACUUACUAGUACUGUAGUAGGUGUAUGCCAUCAACUGUAGAAUACGUUACUGGUUUUUUUCUUCUCUUUCUUGUCUAGCCAUCUCUUUGCAUAGCGCUCUAUGGUUUUAUAAUAUUAUAAGACAGUGCUUUUACUUUGGUGACAGGUUUUUAAUUCUCGCAUUCACCUGCAGAGCAUUUCAACAUACAUGUAUUGAAUUUUAGAUUGUAUCUAUAGUAUAACGUGUACACAACACAAACGUACUGGCAGACGUUCCACGCCAUCAUGCGAUACAUACUGUUCUGGAAAAUAUUUUAGCAGAUCGUCUCCUCUCUUCGGAGAGAUUGGCCAUCCAGCCAGCUUUGCUGCCGUAUUAAUCAUUAUGCAAGCACAGUGCCGCUCAUGCCGUGAA